GCCGUCGAAAUUCGCUCCCGUAAAUCGUCGAGUUCGAGUCAGAAGUCAGGCCGUCGUCGAGGUAAAAUGAUGGAGGAGACAAUUGCCGAAUUCGAAGACUGCCUUGAGCAUGUAGAGCUUGUCAAAGCACAGUUCAGAGAGCAUGAGCUGUUUAUGCAGUCAUUGUCCGAAAGUCAGGAUAGCGUUGGCCGAGUGUUACACCGUGGCCAGCUUCUGGUUCAAAAAUUGGAUGAAGAGCAAGGUGCAGCAAUCGUUUCCCAGCUUCUGAUGGUGAACACUCGUUGGGAACGUGUACGUGAAGUUGCAAUGACAAGGCAAAAUCAACUGCAGCAACGGCUGAAUGCAUUACAAAUUGAACAGCUCGAAUCGAUUAGGUUAAUUCAAGUAGCUUGA